CCCCUUUCAGUCUUUAUCUGGAAGUUCGUACUAUCCCCACAAGCCAAAAACCACACACAACACACACACUCAGGUCCGUCUUCAGCUGUGUAUACUGUAUACAUGCAUGAAGAUAACCUCUGUUUGAAACCUGCGGGAGUCAGGACACUGACAAACUACUGCCAUUAAAGAAGCUGCAAUGGUAACUUUGACAGCUACUUCCCUUUCAUCAUCAUCAUCGCCCCUUAAUUUGAUCACAAGAAGACCCUUUGGAACAAAGAUUAAAAAUCCAAUCUUGCAUAAUUCGUUUAGCUAUCAACACCCCACCAAUUCACAUCUCCCUUCAUAUCAGUUCAAGAAAGCAAAAUUCGAGCUUUCCACGGCCAUCUCUUCCACUGAUACCGUGCCAGCGGCUGAUCAAUCAUCCAAAGACGCUUCGUUUGGUCAACAAACUGAGACUUCAGAAAAAGAUGAGAAAUUUGAUUGGUAUGCACAAUGGUAUCCACUGAUGCCUGUUUGUGAUCUUGACAAAAGGAGGCCACUUGGGAAGAAAGUGAUGGGAAUUGAUAUUGUUGUGUGGUGGGAUAGGAAUGAGAAUGAGUGGAAGGUGUUUGAUGAUACUUGUCCUCAUAGGUUGGCUCCUUUGUCUGAAGGAAGGAUUGAUCAGUGGGGCAGGUUGCAGUGUGUUUAUCAUGGUUGGUGCUUUGGUGGUUCUGGCGAUUGCCAGUUCAUUCCACAAGCACCACGAGAUGGUCCUCCGAUCCAUACUUCUAGCAAAGCAUGUGUAGCUGCAUAUCCAAGUUGUGUGCAAAAUGGCAUUCUUUGGUUUUGGCCUAAUGCUGAUAACCGGUACAAAGACAUAUUUUCGAAGGAAAAGCCUCCAUACAUCCCGGAAAUUGAUGAUCCAUCCUUUACCAGUCGGAUGAUCACUAGAGAUAUACAAUAUGGGUACGAGGUUCUGAUUGAAAAUCUUAUGGACCCUUCUCAUGUUCCGUAUGCACAUUAUGGCAUAAUGAGAGCCCCACAGCCCUCAAAGAGUGUUAAGGUUGACAGGGAAGGAGGCAGACCACUUGAGAUAAGGGUAAAGACAUUAGACAAAAAGGGUUUCACUGCAAAAUCAUCGACAAUUUCAGAUAACAUAUUUAUUCCACCUUGUGUUUUUUAUUCCUCCGGGUCAUUAGGAGGCAAUCCAGAUAAUAUAUCUGCUUCACCAGCUGGAACCACAGAGAAUCCAUCCACACCUAAGCCGGUGAAGAAGAUACUUUUGGUGUUCCUGUGUAUUCCAGUUAGCCCAGGCAAUAGCAGAUUGAUAUUUACCUCACCAAGGAAUUUUGGCGUCUGGAUAGAUCGUAUUGUUCCGCGCUGGAUAUUUCAUCUGAACCAAAAUCUAGUUCUAGAUUCAGAUUUAUAUCUUCUCCAUGUGGAGGAGCGGAAGAUAAAGGAAUUUGGGUCCUUAAACUGGCAUAAAGCUUGCUUUGUUCCCACAAAGGCAGAUGCCCUUGUGGUGGGCUUCAGAAGGUGGUUAAACAAGUAUAGCAAUGGUCAAAUUGACUGGGGAACAAAGUACACUGGAUCUCUCCCACCCACUCCGCCAAGAGAGCAGCUUAUGGACAGGUACUGGAGUCAUACAGUCAGCUGCAGUAGUUGCAAUCUAGCAUAUAAAGGGCUCAAUGCACUAGAGAUUGUGUUGCAAGUCUUCUCUCUUGCUUCAAUUGGAAUUGUUGCUGCUGCAAAACAGGGUGCACUAUCCGCAGCAGCAAGAAGCACUCUGGUCUCAGUAGCUAUUAUCAGCUUUUUGGUUUCCAAGUGGUUAUCCCACUUUGUUUACAAGAACUUCCAUUUUCAUGACUACGAUCACGCAUCGCGCUGAGAUACAUCUGUCAGCUACUUAACCAGAGUUUUAGAUGAAAGAGAUGACAGGAAAAAUAUUCAUCAGUGUCUUUGUACAUAUAUCACUUAGAAGCAUUUAGAUACAUAAUUCUAUGUACACACAUUCACAUAGAGUCUGGUACAGACAUUAAUAAGAAAGACUAAAGGUUUUUAUAUCA